GAUCUCAACUUUUCCUAUCUCAGUUCUGCUCAUUCCGCGUCAAACGCUCGAAGCGCGACUAUCACAGGAUACCUACUCCGGCUCACGAGUUAUUUCAGCAUUCGAAAAAGUUCUGUCAAUCUAGUCUCGUGGUUGUUACCCAAUCAAGUGUCGUGUUUCGGAUUGUAAAGUUCAUCCAUCGUCAUCUGGCAUCAGUUCUUCUUUAGAAGUUUCCUGUUGUCUACAAGAACGUUUCUAUCAGGACGUGCGCCGCAAUAAGAUGGUGUAGCCUGAACAACUGUUGGAAACCACUUGAAUUUGCAGCCACAAACCCCAGCCAACACCCUCUCACUAUCUCUCUCUCUCUUCCUCUGCACCUGACCUCCUCCUCCAAUCAGAAUGGAGCUUCACCUGAAGGCGAUGGAGCGCAAGACGACAACCACCAGGCGCAACAAAGAGGUCGUCACCAAGGACAUCAUCAACUCAAAGUACUACCUCGAUCCUCUCGAGCUACUCGGAGAGAGGAGCUUCAAAGAACCCCAAGAGGUUCCUGAGAAUGUUCAAGGCACUAACAUCCAGGAGUUCUUCAGGGGGAAAAAUGUUAUGCUGACUGGAGCCACUGGUUUCAUGGGUAAAGUCCUCACGGAGAAGCUGCUCAGAUCCAUGCCUCAUAUGAAGCAACUCUACGUCCUCAUCAGAACGAAGAAGGGAAAAGAUGUCAAUCAACGUCUCGAUGAAAUAUUCGAGGAUAGGUUGUACAAGCGCCUGAAAGCAGAGGUGCCUGACUACAGGAAGAAGAUCACUGUGGUGGCCGGCGACUGUUGCCUGCCCAACCUGGGUCUGACCCCCGCCGACCACCAGAUGCUCGUCAACAACAUCAACGUCAUUUUCCACGGAGCGGCCACAGUGCGCUUCGACGAGAAGAUCCGUCUGGCAGUCGACAUCAACGUCUAUGGAGCCAGGGAGGUGCUCGCCUUCGCCAAGCAGAUCAAGAAUUUGGCUUCAAUGGUCCAUGUAUCGACUGCCUUUGCAAACUGCAACAAACUGUAUAUCGAAGAGAAAUUCUAUUCAACUCCGAUCAGUUAUGAGGAUAUAAUGCAGAUGACCAAGACCAAGGACGAUGAAGAGUUGGAUAAACUUACACCAGAACUGGUAGGAGAUUGGCCAAACACCUACACUUUCACCAAGGCGCUUGGUGAACAAGUGGUCAAGAGUGAGGGUGCUGGACUACCUAUCUCAAUAUUCAGACCUUCAGUUGUGAUUUCCAGCUACAGAGAACCGGUUCGUGGUUGGAUAGACAACGUGUACGGUCCAACAGGUCUGCUGGUUGGUGCAGGUACAGGGGUGCUGCACACUUACCUGGGAGACCCCACUCACAUCACCGACAUGGUGCCCGUCGACCUGGCAACAAACGCUCUCAUCGCAUCUGCUUACAAAACUGGAAACACGCCCAAGGUUGAAAAAGGAGAGGACAUCCCAAUUUACAACUUCGUGAGCUCUACACAGAACCCCAUCUCAUGGAAGGACUUCAUCAUACUGAACCAGAAGCACGGCAUGCAUUGGCCGACCAUCAGGGCAGUGUGGUACUACUCAUUCACCCCCAUUGGAAACCCCUUCCUCUUCCUCAUUGUCAACUUCCUGCUGCACACACUUCCUGGAUACAUACUCGACUUCCUCGCCGUCAUUGGAGGAGAAACACCCAUGCUGUCAAAAAUCUACAAGAAACUUGGAAAAUUCGCCGACACGAUGACCUACUUCGCGACACGCGUUUGGACAUUCCGCAACGACCGGAUACAGGACCUUUGGGCCGGGCUGUCUGAGGAAGAUCAACAGGAGUUCUUCUUCGACAUCAGUCAGAUGAAUUGGGAGUACCAUGCUCAGGCCAACUGCCUCGGACUUCGCGUUUACCUUGUCAAGGAUGACAUUCACACGCUGCCCGCCGCCAGGAAGAAGUGGCAGAGGUUGUACUACGCGCAUUGUGCUCUGCGAAUCAUCAGUGGUGUCAUCUUGUUUAAGAUUGUUUGGAUGAUCUUCAGCUUCUGUCUCGGACUAAUCUCAUGAUUCACUUCAAACAUAAUUCGAAAAUCAAUAAAUCAAGAAAAUAUAAAAAUAAUAGAGAAUUUCACGAUUGUAAAUGUUCACACAAGUGAAUACCAUAAGAAGAAGCCCAACUUAUCCUAGAAUGUUUUCAAUUAUUUUCCGCUGGAAAACAUCAGUUUUGUUAAAUCGAGCACCAUGGUAAAGGUGUUUUUCUUUUUUAUCUAUCAUUAUUAUACAUUCCAUAAUCAUUGGAAGAAGAAACUUACUAAUUAACGUAAGAUUGAUUUUAGUAAUAAUGUAUUAUGAAAACGUCAUGUUCAGACAAUACUAUUUGAGCGUUUAGUUUAUCAGUCUUUGAUAAUACUAUUCUCAUAAUUAGGACAUAUCAUCAUGAACCUUCAUCGAAGCAAAUUAUGUUAUAAUAUAUUGUUUUUACUGAAAUACGUAAAAUGGAUUUGUAUCAAUGUGUUAAGUCUCUAGAUUUCAGGAAAGUAGGCCUAUCAUGUACAAAAUUGUACAUAUUCAAAUCAGGAUCAAUAUAGAUAAUAAGAUAUUCCAUAAUUCCUUUUAGUCUCUAUAUGAAAUACAAUGUAAUUGGUGCUGUAGUAGAUUACAAGCUGAGUAGAUUCAUUCAAAUUCAAUUUCUUCUCAUAACUCUGAAUGAUACAUCAUAUUAAAUUUGAGCAAUUAGUUCUGGAAAACAAAUAGUUUGUUAACUCACAUAAUAUAUGAAAUACGUACUUUUUAAUAACUUCAUUAGUGAAUAAUUAUUGAAUAGUUUGCGGUCAGAAUUGUUUUGUUGGAUGUGUGCAGUUUGAAAAAGUUUCCAAUUUUAUUCUAGAGUUCAUAUCAAAUCUAUUUAUCCAUUAAUUAUUUACCAUUAUAUUUUAUGAAUUUUAAUUAUAUUUCAAAUUUAAUAUAAUGUUUAUAUUUAUGUUUCCUAUUUUUAAUUUAUCUCAUACAUUAUUUAUAGCUUGGUUGGAAUUUUAUUCUUGGAAAAUAUUUGUAUUGAAGAAAAAAGGCGAUUUGCCAAAAACAAAAUACAAUACGAUACUAAAAAUAAUGUAAAAACCAACAGAUUCCUUUAGAUGAAUGCAUGAUAAAAUCUAUCGGUUAAAAUAGACCAUUUCCAGGAACCAAUUGUAACUCAAUAGAAUAUUAUAAUUUUACACAAUUAUUUUGUUGAAUAUAAUUAAUAUAAAUAUUCAACUGUGUAAUCCUGGUCUUCCAAAUGAAUAACCAACCAAAUAUUUAUACAAGUUUUCAUGUCUACAUAGUCAUUAUUUAAGUUCAUUACAUUCACCUAAGGAGUUAGGACGAAUUUAAUCUGCAAUGCUAUAAAUAAUUUGUAAAUAUUGUUGAAUAUUUUAAAAAUAUUUUCAACUGAGAUUAAAUUUGUAAGUUUUCAA